CGUCCGACUACAAGUUUGAUAAUUAAACUAUAAAACCCCUGUGUCUCCUCAAAACAUUCUCCGCACCAUUAUUUCUCUCCAUCACACCCACAAUGCUCAGAUCCACGUCCAAGCAAGUUUCCAGAACCUUGAGAGCCUCGCUCAAGGCCCCAAGGGCCUCUCUUACCGUUGCCCCACGUGUGACAUUCCGCUUAACCCGCGGGUUGGCGCAGUUGUCACGCCAGCUGGCUCCACCAGUGGUCAACGAACCGGUCAAGGCGUUCGAUAAGACCCACACCAAGGACUGGGACCUUCUCCGUGCGUCUCUCACCAAGUUCACCGACCACGGCCCACUCCAGAUUCCAAUCGUGAUUAACGGUGAGAAGAUCUACAAGACCGCAGCUGGUACACGCACACAGGUCAACCCGGCCAAGCACGCCCAGGUGCUCGCGGAAGUCACUCAGGCUGGCGAAAAGGAGAUCAAUGCGGCCAUCGCGGCGUCCAAGGCGGCCAAGCAGAAGUGGGCCAACACUCCAUGGGCCGACAGGGCGGCCAUUUUCCUCAAGGCGUCUGACUUAAUCUCCACCAAGUACAGAUACGACAUGCUCGCAGCGACCAUGCUCGGGCAAGGGAAGAACGUGUUCCAGGCGGAGAUUGACUCUGUCGCCGAGUUGGUGGACUUUUUCCGCUUCAACAUUCGUUACGCCGAAGAAAUGUACGCGUCGCAGCCAGUCGCGUCCGCGCCAGGUGUCUGGAACCGUGCUGAAUACCGUCCGUUGGAGGGUUUCGUCUACGCGGUCACUCCGUUCAACUUCACCGCCAUUGCUGGUAACUUGAUUGGGGCGCCGGCUUUGAUGGGUAACACCGUUGUCUGGAAGCCAUCCGCCACCGCUGCCUUGUCUAACUACCUCCUUUUGACCAUUCUCGAGGAGGCGGGUUUGCCAGCUGGUGUGGUCAACUUCAUCCCGGGCGAACCUAAUCAGGUUACCGACUUGGUGUUGCUGGACCCAGAAUUUGCCGCCUUGCAUUUCACGGGUUCCACCGGCGUGUUCAAGUCACUCUUCAGCAAGAUUAACCACAACUUGGUCAACGAUAAGUACAGAGACUUCCCACGUAUUGUGGGUGAAACCGGCGGAAAAAACUUCCACCUCAUCCACGAAUCCGCCAACGUCACCCACGCGGCGUUGAGCUCUGUCAGAGGUGGGUUUGAGUUCCAAGGCCAGAAGUGUUCCGCUCUUUCCCGCUGCUAUGUUCCAGAGACCUUGGCCGAGGAGUUCCUCGCGACCAUGACUGCUGCCUUGAGCACCGUCACCCCAUCCAACACCGCCGCUCCAGAGGGCUUGAACGCCUUCAGCGGCCCAGUCAUCCACGAGCAGUCCUUCGACAAACUCGCCAAGGUCAUUGACGACGUUGCCGCCGACCCAGAGUUGGAAAUCGUUUUCGGUGGUAAGCACGACAAAUCCAAGGGCUUCUACAUCCAGCCAACCAUCAUCAAGACCACCAACCCAGACCACCCAUACCUCCAGAACGAGUUCUUCGGACCAAUCGUCACCGUCUACGUCUACCCUAACGCCCAGUACGAGUCUAUCAUGGCCUCUAUCGAUGAGUCCACCAAGUACGCCUUGACCGGUGCUGUGUUUGCCCGUGACAGAGUUGCGUUGAGACAGGCCGAAGAAAAGUUGAGAUACUCGGCCGGUAACUUCUACCUUAACGACAAGUGUACCGGUGCAGUCGUCGGCCAGCAAUGGUUCGGUGGUGCCAGAAUGAGUGGUACUAACGACAAGGCCGGGUCUGGUAACAUUCUCGGCAGAUUCGUCUCCGUCAGAAACAUCAAGGAGAACUUCUACGAGUUGACCGACUUCAAGUACGAGUCCAACUACAAAUAAGCAGAUUGGUCUGCUCUCAUGUAAACUAAUACACUGCAUUUAAGUUAGAGAGGCGUAGAAGUCACUCAACGUACAAUAGAGCCUCGCGGUAGUCCUUUAGCAUGGCCAAGUAGAUCUGUUCAACAGGCCCAUUGAAAUUGCCUGUGGUAGGAAGGGGUCGGGUUGAUGAGAUUUUUAGGAACCGGUUGGAAAGCUGAGGGCCUCUCUUAGCUUGAGGGUUUAGCUGCGAUUGAAAUGAGCCAUAGCGAGCCCUAUCAGUCAUACUUUUGAAUGAACCAU